UGCGCGCGCGGCGGCGGUAGGCGGGCGGUGUCGGUGUCGGCUCCGCACAGCUGCUCAGCGCUCCCCGGCCCGCUGGUUGGGGGUUGGGGGGGGUGGCAGCUUUUACGCGGGGCUCGGCUCGGCUCGGCUCAGUCCGCGAGCUGUGGAGCGGGAGAUGCCCACGAACAGGGAUAGCAUGAUGUCCCACACGGGAGAAAACCACCACCAGGUCCGGAUGAAGGCGUAUUACAAAGGGGACAUCAUGAUUACUCAUUUUGAACCCUCCAUCACGUAUGAAGGGCUCUGCAAUGAAGUUCGAGAUAUGUGCUGCUUUGAUAACGAACAGCUUUUCACAAUGAAAUGGAUCGAUGAAGAAGGCGAUCCUUGCACAGUCUCAUCCCAGCUGGAACUUGAAGAAGCCUUUCGACUCUAUGAGCUGAAUAAAGACUCUGAGUUGAUCAUUCACGUAUUUCCCUGUGUUCCCGAGCGGCCUGGCAUGCCCUGUCCUGGGGAAGACAAAUCCAUUUAUAGACGAGGUGCACGGCGCUGGAGAAAGCUGUACUGUGUAAAUGGACACACUUUCCAAGCCAAAAGAUUCAAUCGACGUGCUCACUGUGCAUUCUGUACUGACCGCAUUUGGGGUCUGGGUCGUCAGGGCUAUAAAUGUACCAACUGCAAGCUCCUAGUCCAUAAGAAGUGUCACAAAUUGGUCACAAUUGAAUGUGGACGACAUGCUGAGCAGAUUGGGUUACCUAUGAUGCCACCAUCAGAUAAUGUAGAAAACAUAGCAGUGAUUCCGUACAAAUCAUCCAGCCAGGAUCAAUUGGACCAUGUUGGGGAGGAGAAGGAGGCGAUGAGCAGCAGAGAAAGUGGAAAAGCUCCCUCCAGUUUAGGCAUUCCUGAUUUCGAUUUGAUCCGUGUCAUUGGCAGAGGCAGCUAUGCCAAAGUCCUCCUGGUCCGACUGAAGAAGACAGAGCGUAUUUAUGCAAUGAAAGUUGUGAAGAAAGAGUUGGUUAAUGAUGAUGAGGAUAUUGAUUGGGUGCAGACAGAAAAACAUGUGUUUGAGCAGGCAUCAAACCAUCCCUUCUUAGUGGGACUGCAUUCCUGUUUCCAGACUGAGAGCAGGUUGUUUUUCGUCAUUGAAUACGUCAAUGGUGGUGACUUGAUGUUUCAUAUGCAGCGACAACGAAAACUGCCAGAAGAACAUGCCAGGUUUUACUCUUCAGAAAUCAGCCUGGCUUUAAAUUAUCUUCAUGAACAUGGGAUCAUUUACCGAGAUUUGAAACUGGACAAUGUCUUGUUGGACUCUGAAGGACACAUUAAACUAACUGACUACGGAAUGUGUAAGGAAGGCUUGAGGCCUGGAGACGCAACCAGUACAUUCUGUGGUACUCCCAAUUACAUCGCCCCAGAGAUUCUGCGAGGAGAGGAUUAUGGAUUCAGCGUGGAUUGGUGGGCUCUCGGAGUGCUAAUGUUUGAAAUGAUGGCAGGACGAUCACCUUUUGAUAUUGUUGGAAGUUCUGAUAAUCCUGAUCAAAAUACAGAAGAUUAUCUUUUCCAAGUGAUCUUGGAAAAGCAAAUCCGUAUUCCACGCUCGCUUUCUGUCAAAGCUGCAAGUGUGUUGAAAGGAUUUCUGAACAAGGAUCCAGCAGAACGACUUGGCUGUCACCCACAGACAGGAUUUGCUGAUAUUCAGGGAAAUCCUUUCUUCCGCAACGUCGACUGGGAUUUGAUGGAACAGAGACAGAUCAUUCCACCUUUCAAGCCCCAUAUCUCAGGUGAAUAUGGACUCGACAACUUUGACUCGCAGUUCACGAAUGAACCCGUCCAGCUCACUCCGGAUGAUGAGGAUGCUGUAAAGAAGAUUGACCAAUCAGAAUUUGAAGGUUUUGAGUACAUCAAUCCUCUUCUAAUGUCAGCUGAGGAAUGUGUCUGAUUGGCUCCAAUCUGCAGACUGUACCAAUGUCUCUAAUACUGCAUGUGAAAGAGCUGAAAGCAAUGAAUUUCCUCCUACAACAGCUGAGGCCUUGUCUUCAUUCAGCUAACAGUUCGAGAGUAUUUGUCGUCACAACUGUAAUCCAACAAAUGGCUGGAAAGCACCUACGCAUGUCUAUUCUAAUUUAACUUGAGGCUGCAGAAUAGCUACUUUACACUUUCUCUUGAGCAGCCUAAUCCUUGUUUCCUGAUAUUCCCAGUUAAGAAUAGUGAGUUAGUGGUGGGUAGUUUUGUGUGGUCUAAGAACUGACUUUUUUUUUCCUGGUGGGGUGAAGGUACAGCCAGGUUUGGUUUUAUUCUCAGGUGAUACAGAGAACCUUAUGAGCAUGACCUGAAAGCUUUGUUUCCUUCCCAGGAACUAGUACCAGCCCUCAACUAAUAGUAUUUCCUCGAAAGUUGGCAGCUUAUGGUUAUGACACAAAAUGCCUAUUAAUGUAAUAUCAUUUUAUCUAUUAGAAAAGAGCCAUCUUGUGUACAUGUAGAUAAUUAUUUCAAACACUACUUCCUCCCAUCAAUAAGAUAAUAUGUAGGAACUGUCCAAACCGUGUUGCUGUUUAUUUUGUUCACUUAAGACGUUUUAGGGAGAAAAAAGUUAUUUCAAGGUUUUGGAGCUAAUAUGAGAAAUAGAACACUAUAGAUGUUGGUAAUAAGUGUAUAGAUGUACUGUUUAUCACAUUUACAUUGAUAUUGAAAGUGCAUUUUAUUAAGCAAGUAACUUUGCAUACUGUGCCACAAUGUUAAAUGCAAGCUUAGCCCUCAAGUAUAAAGUGAAGUGCAGCUAAGCCACCAGAAUUAUGUCUGGGACAAGGAGCUCUGCAACUUAGAAAAUAAGUGGCUACAUAUUGUCCCAAUUCUUCAUGGUCAAAUGGAUUAUGUGACCUGUCCUGCUAGCUUCCACAGAUGUAGUUGACCUGAGAAGAGACAUAGGGUUUGUUAGAUGUAAUGGGAGUUCAUUAAAACACUAAUUUGGAAAUAUAAGAAGUUACAUUCCAUCUUUCAUAAUCAAACACAAUAAUGAAAAUUUUAAAUCAUGUAACAUUCAACCAUAUUCACAAUAAUAUGACAAGUUGUGAAGAUGUCCUCAUUAAGUCUGCAGAAUUGCUCUUUUCAUCAUGCAAUUGCCACAACACAAGGCAUUUGGGCUCAAGUGCUUCCUCCUGUGUAAGAUGUAUAAGUGACACAAACUGGUUUCAUAGCGAAAGAGCUGUAACGAUGUUUGCCAGUGUUGCUCUGCACGUUCCCCUCUCCCACGUUGUGGCACAGGAUAAAGAAAAACUAUAAGAAAACGUACAACAGUUCAAUUUGUUUAAAAAAUAGCAGUUAUAUGGUUAAAUGCAUUGCUUUAACUUUUUUAAACAAAUUAUUUUGAAGGAUAUUCUUCCAUACUUUUAAUGUCAAUUUGAAAGUAGCAAAACUAAACCAAAAUUCUUUUUAACUCUUUAAUUUGAGUACAAUUUUAUAUUAAAUUUUAGGACGAUGCAGCUUUAGUACUUUAUCGGGUGUUCUGGACUGAACUGAAUUAGCAUUGAAGAACUAUUUGGUAUGAAGUUGCUGUUUUUUGCAGACACUUAUUUUCUGGGUGGUGGUUUCAUCUGGUUAGGGAUUAUGAAUCAUAGCCUUGCAUACUGUAGUUACUCAGUUGGUUAGUGACUUUAAAAGGACUGUAUUCUACUGAAAUGUUACAUAAUCUUAAAUCGUGUGUAGUUUUCCUCCAGGGAUGUUCUGAGUAGUGCAUGUAUCCAUUAUUGCCAUCCAAGAGGUCAAAUAAUUUCUACACAACAUAACUGCUUCUAUACUGCCUCCAACCAGCAAUUCUAACGCAGUGUAACUGACUUGAGACGCUAGAACGUGUACACGUUUCUCCCUUGCCUUUAAAUCAUACAACUCCUUCACUUUCCUCUGCAUAAUAUUAUGGAGGACAUUUUUGGGACCCGUAAACCGAUUUUAUCCUUUUAUCUGUUUAAUAUAACAAACUAUAAUGAAAUUCACAGUCUAAAUUUAGUCACACUAUUGGGCUGAACAUGAUCUCCAUUUUGAUUUGUGUUGUCAAAAAUGAGAGUAGUCAAAGGGCAGGGCAGUGAUGUAAAGCAAGCUUAUGAUGCUGUGAUCAACAGCACAGAAUGAUGAAUUGUCAGUGAACCACUCAGUAUGAUCCAGUGUCAUGCCACGACAUACAUUUGCUCACUGAAUCACUGGGGAAGCCCUUUUUUUCAACAUCAACAUUUUAAAUUAAAAUUGAAUUAAUUAUAUAUGCAUGUCAUCGAACUGUUGAGGACUGAAAUGUUAGGGAAUCUUAUCACAACGCAUUCCGAUUAUUUUUGGCAUUACGUAGACUAUAAUUUUGUCUGAAUGUAACUUUCGGUAUAAGUAGAACUAACAAGGGGAGCGUGAAGUCUGGAGAUUUAAUACUAAGAUUUGUCAAUUUGUCAGUGGGUGGGUAAAACAUUUGCUCUUUUGCUAAUCACUGAACCAUAUGUAGAAUUGCAACUGUGAGAGUCAGAUGCUUGUUAGCAGGGCUCUGAGGUGAGUAUGUUCAUUGAUGAACUGUUGGUUCUUCUGUCUGUUACAUAUACUUUUUCCCUUCAUCCUGAGUAUUUUGUAAUUUUUCAUGUAAUAUCUCAGGUUAUUUCAGUGUUGUUCAUUCUUAAUUUAAUCUGGUUUUACUAGGGUCAGGCACCAAUAUAUUAAUCAAAUUAGAUAUUAUGUUGUGUUGUAAUGAUUAAAAAUAACUCCUUGCUGCUUUAACAAGGUGCUGUGAGAAUAUAACUGUGACCACCUUGAACAAAAUGCCGUACUAUAUAACCGCUUCAUGUGAAAGAACUGAACUGCUGUUUCUUGUUGUAUUGGAGUGCCCUUUAAGCACAGUUUAAACAGUUUGUUCCCUCUAGGAUCCAAUACCAUGCCUCACAUUGGCCUAGUGCAAUUCAGUUUUAUAACUAAUAGUAUGAGCCUCUUCUUGUAGUCUUACCUUAUGAAUUUUGGAAACUUGUUUAAAAACCCAGUUGUCUAACUCAGUCUUGAUAUCACAAUUGAGAAUACAUGGUGUCCUUCUUGAACAGACAGCAUCUCCUUUUGUUGCCCAACACAAAAUAUAUUGAAAAUCUAAAUAGCACCAUGUAUUAAACUUUGCAAAUGUGGUGCAUCGGCAGAUAUUUGAGGAUUUAGUGUCCAAAAGUGUCCUGUGCUGAAUGAUCACCAGUCAUUGGCUAUAUUUUCUAAUAACUUUUAUUUUUGGUUUUUUGAGAAAGUACUCAUUCCUUUUGUGCUUGUGCUCUCUUUCCCUGGCUUUCUCGCUCACUUUCAGAUACCAUUCAAAGGUUGAAUUCCUUUUGAGCAAAUUGACCUGUCUUCUGGUCAGGAAGGUCUCACUUGAAAAUGUCCGCAUUUAAUAAUAGCAUCAAUGUAACUUCCAGAAAUUCUAUACCCAAGACAAUAACAUUGUUUAAAGAGAAAAUGGGAGACAAUCACAUUGGUGUGGUUCAUGGGCGCUUUAGUAAUAGAAAACAGAGGGUAGUGUAAAUUUAGUAUAACUUGAUAUCUGCAUUAUUCACUGUAAAUCCAAAAAUGUGUUAGUCUAUGGAGUUUUGAUGUCUAUUGCCCCAAAGUUCUAUGCAAUAUUUAAGGAAAUCUAAAUCUCAAACCUUGUUCCCCAUCUCUUCCAGUUACCCGUCAAAAUGACAUCAUAUAGAUAGGCAGAUAUCUAAUAUCUUUGUUGGAAUUCAACUGUACCAAACUUCAAAAUUUCUAAAGUGAGGCAUUACAUAGUCCAUUCCAAGUAAUCAGAAAAUGAGAAUUUUAUUUCAUAUUUUAAAUUUGUUAGUUUUCAAAUGCUGUGCAUUGGUGAUUGUAGACAGAAAUGGUUAGUUUAAUCAGGUAUUCAGAAUUGGUUGGUUCUCACUCUUAAUGCCCUGAAUUUACUGUUUGUGCACAUGGACCAUAACACACAAGUGGCAAAAAAGGGAACGAUUGCUUUAUAUAUUAAAAAAAAAGGUGGUAGGAGGGUGGUUUAUAGUUAUUGCCUUUUUAAGGAAUUAGUUGAAUAAAUUGAUGCACAAAUGUUGAUGGACUACAAGUGUCACGUUUUACAUUCUCUUUUAAAUGAAUAUUGUGUUUUUCCUACAUAUUAUGGGGCUUUUCACUUUGAAAUGGAUUCAACAGUGAAGCAACUAUUCUCGCUUGAAAGGCCCAAUAUCCUAUAAGUUGAGGAAAGGACUACCUCAUUUGGAAUCUGUGGUCUGUCCCAUGUUAACGGAGACCGGCACUCCGGCACAAUACAAAGGUUCAAGUUAUAAUGUUGUCUCAAGACAUUUAAACUGAAGUAAUGCAGAAAUAGAUAACUGCUACUGGCUGCUCUGUCCAGUGCAAUCUUCAGUUGAUUGGGAACAGACUACACUGUGAGGGGAAUAAAAUGGUUUUGAACCACAAUCGAUUCAGUAAUUUCAAAAUUUAUAUUGAACCCUGUCAUUAUUUGCUUAGUAGGUAUUACAAACUGGAUUGACGAGGUACUGUGGGAAAGAAUCAAUAACUCUUAUGACGUGGCCACUUUUAAUAGAAAUCUUAUUCCCUGCCUCCUCUGUUUUGUGUACAUUUAAGUACAUUCAUAUUUUUUCACCCACAAAUUGACUUUACAGUAUAUUCUGUGAAGCAUUUUGAGACGUCUCAACGGCUAAAGCGCUUUUAUCAAAUGCAAGGAUUAUCAUUAUUAAAUCUCUGGUUCAUGCUAUACUAUCCUUCAGCAGAAACAUGGACAUCUCAAAAUUAAAUGACAUGAACCCCAUUUUCCUUGUAGCUUAACUCCGAAGAUUGUUGCUAUAAAGCAGCAAUUAUCUUUGCUAUAAAGCAGCAUUGAGUAUGCUGGUAAAAGUUUAUUGGAUUUUACAAAAUGUUUUUCUAUUGAAGUUUUUUGUAAUCGGUUGAGAUGUUAUUGACCAUGUGAGGAAUCAAUCUCUAAGGAAUCUAAUGAAAAGCAACUAGUUUAUCUACAAUAGUUAGUAUAUUGCAGAGUACAAAAUUAAUUUUCCAAGUUGUGUUACUAAGACUUAAUCUGUCAAGAAUUUGAAAUGUAAGUGACCUUAGAUCUUAUUUGUUGCUAGUACUGUUCAAAUAAGCUACCAUGUUUUCCUGCAUUCAGUCACUACUUUGGUGACUCGUUUUGUGAAGAGAUUUGAGGUAGAUUGACAUGCGAGCUUAAUCAAACACAAGUACAUUUAACCAUUACUACCCCCACUACCACCCAUUGACUUCUGAUCAGAGUAGUUUAUCUAUCUGUAUGAAUUCUAUCAGGUUAUUUAGAUAAAGCACAAGUGGACAUUGUUUAGAAGUGAAAAGUUUGUGAAUGCAAACCAAAAAUAUAAUUUUCACCUUUCAUAAAUUGUGUUUUAUAUGUUAAAUGUGUGAAGGGCAACAAAGGAGAUCUGGUCUCUGUGAGAUUAGCUUGUGGAGAAGAGUAUGCUGAUAAAAGUUUAUUGGACUUGCCAUAUUCUUCAUAUCAUAUUAACAUUUAUAGAUCUUAUUGUCCAUUCUCAACUUGUUUGUGUCAAUUUCCGUAUUUUUAAUUUAGUGUACACAAUGGGAGCAGGUGUAAAACAGCUUAAAGUUAACUUUUAUUGGAUUGUGUUUAGUGUUGUACAUUUACUUUCUACACUUUACUAUAACUACUUUCACUUUGAAACAUGAAACCUCUUUAUUUUUUAUAUUUAAGUUGGGCAAAUGCCAUAACACUACAUUUGUUCUUUGUACUUUAUAUAUACUGGUUUAAAAACCUGUUUUCUAAAACUGUUGUAUUGACAAGAUAGCUGAACUUGGGUUCAAAACAUGUCUUAGGUGAUGCAUCAUGCUGUUUGUUAUCUGUUGGUGUUUAUUGUCAAAUACAGUAGUUUUCAUUCCUCAAACUGGGAGAUCACUUUUUUAAUAAAGUUAAAUAAUGCACAAUAUAAAAA